GAAACCAUUCCUCCAUAAUUUCACAAUUAAUAACAUAGCAAGCGAAAACAAUAUUAAAUUGUUGAAGGGUGCUGGCGCUACGAACUAAAGAAACCACCAAAGAAUUUAUACAUAUUUAAGAAGCUGCUCAUUCAUUGAACUGUUCGCAAAAGUUGUCAUGAUGUGGUUUAACAGGAACUUAAGAGUUUCGUUAAUUCCACUGCUCAGUCCGCCAAAAAUAGUCAAAUAUGGUUUCGUGGACGCACAGUUCGGAAGGCUACUAAUAGGAAUGUUGAACCAAGACCAGGGCGCCAUCUGUUUCUUGUAUUUCGUGCAGAAGAGCGAUGAGGAAGCCUUGAGGAAAGCCCACCAGCACUGGCCGAAGACGGAUCUUAUACCUGACGAUGUACAGAUCCAGAAACGCUGCCACAAACUAUUUGAAGCUGGUGGCGGUGACAAAGAAAAUGCAGUUGUGCUGGAGGUGGCGGCACGGGGCACGGAUUUCCAACUGGACGUGUGGAACGCACUAGUCAGAAUGGAGAUGGGCAGUACAAGCACAUACGGCCAAUUGGCGCAGUCGAUUGGUCGUCCAAAGGCUGUGCGAGCCGUUGCCAGUGCAGUGGCGAGUAAUGAGGUGUCUGUGCUGAUUCCUUGUCAUCGCAUUAUUUCGAAGAAUGGCGAUGUUAAGUAUCAUUGGGGGGCACAACUAAAGCGUGAUUUGCUGAGCUACGAAGCAAGCAAAUAA